AUGCACACAUACAGACACACACACACGAACACAUACACAUAUGUGCACACACAUACACAUACGCACACACACACACACACGGACACACACGCACAGGCACAGACACAGACAGACACACACACGCGCGCACAUACACAUACACGCUCAUAUAGAAAACGACCACUCAUGUAUUUCCUUAAAAAAAAGCAAACGUUUAACUGA